CUUGAGCUCAGGUAAAGUCUACCUGGAGAGAGAAAAGAGCCAGAGGGAUAGACACAAGGAAAACUGUGGACUCUGGAAUUGCUUUGUUUGCAGCUCCACUCCGUUUCAACAGUAAAAAAAAAAUACGUCUUUAUGAUUUUGUAAACUUAUUUCUGAGGAAAGUUAAUUUGUUGAGAAGAAAUCAUCCGAAUGGCAGCGAGUGUUGGAUUGGCCAUGAAUCCGCCGCACACUACAGAAGAGAGGGCGGUUUUUACGCAACUGAAGCCGGUGCGGAUGUCGGGGGCAGACGGUGCGGAGGACGCAUCCGUGUUUGAAGACGUCAAACCGGUGACAAGACUAGAGUUGGACAAGUACCUGCCACAGAUCAGCAGUUCCUUCCUAUGUCCCGCAACUGAUACCACUGACAAAAAAUACAGACGGGAGAGUGCGUCCGUGGUUGACGAGUACUUUUCCGAGGAAAAACCUCUGACUCCUUACAGUCUUAAUGUCAACCUCAUUUUUAACAACACUACCCACCUCCGCACUGGCCUCUACAGACCCAACAAGACCCUCACGCCCCAGCAGAUCAAGACAGAACCCGGGAUGGAGGUCCCCUGCUCCAUCCCCUCCACAACAACCCAGGCUCUCCCAGACUUCACCUCUGUUUUUAGCGGGUCGCCCGUGGUCAACAACGUCUUCAUCAAACCAGACAUGAGCAGUGGCUCAGGGGUCAGUGUGACCACAGUUACUCAACAGCAACCAAAUCUGGACACAGAGCUUCAAAUCGGGCCUCCACAGCCACAGGUCUACCACAUGCCUAUCACCACCACCACAAGUGCAGACCUUCCCCUGUCACACACCAGCCCGACAACACAUAACAGCAGGACCAUGAUGACCCUCGGCAGCAUUACUCUGCCCACAAACAAUGCCAACUACAUAAUGGCCGAACAUGUCCCGCAGCAGCAGCAGCAGCAGAUCAGUUACUACCAGCCUCCGCCCAGUUCAUCCCAUCACUCUGCGCCACACAGCCUCCCACCCUCACCCCCAAACUCCCAGCCUGGGAGUCCAGAUGGUCAGGCUGAGUUGCUCAGUUUAGCGACACAACCACCGCCUCCGUACCACCACCUGGGGGGGAUAAAGGUGACGGGGUUGUCGGCUCAUGCUCUGCUGAUGACACACGGUCAGGGUGUGCUGACUGGUCCCAAAUAUAACAGACGGAACAAUCCAGAGCUGGAGAAGAGGAGAAUCCACUUCUGCAACUUCCCAGGCUGCACCAAAGUUUACACAAAGAGUUCUCAUCUGAAGGCUCACCAGAGAACACACACAGGUGAGAAACCCUACCGCUGCACGUGGGAGAACUGCGACUGGCGCUUCGCCCGGUCAGACGAGCUCACCCGACACUACCGCAAACACACCGGUGCCAAACCCUUCAAGUGCGUCGCCUGUAGUCGCUGCUUCUCCCGCUCCGAUCACCUGGCACUGCACAUGAAGCGCCACCAGAACUAACGGAGUUACACACACACACACACACACACACACGCAUUGACAAUUAGACCAGCAGCAUCGAGUUAUAACAGACAAAGAACCAAAGUCAUCUCUGCUCCCUUGUGUUACACACUAAUACACUGUUGACUGAGAUCAGGUUAUUGAAGUAGAACUAACAUCUACUGUGUGUAAAAGUAUGGUGGCCUGAAGACUUCACCUGGUAGUAGUAGUAGUAGUAAUAGUAAUACUGGUAGUAAUACUACUGAC